GAUGAAACCCAUAACUCAAUUAAUCGGAGCAAGCCAACAGACGUGCACAGGUACAUGUUCCCUCGACCACAUAUUUCCUAAAUAUCUCCCACACCCCCCACCUCAUUUAUCAUCUUCAUCAUACAUUAUGCAAAAUAUUACAUAUUGUACUAUAGGGCGAAGCAACCUAACUACUGUUACCCAUACAUCUCUAAAUAGCCCAGCAAUGAGCAUCAACCUCCUCAACCAGAGUGAUCGAGUUGCCCUAUAUAUAUCUUCUCUUCUUCUUCUUCUUCUUAGAUAUAUAUAGAAAGAGAGAGAGAAAUCAAGGGGAAGAAAUUUGGGUAAUGGGGAUGAAGAAGAUGAGUGCUGUGGUGGAGAUAGUAGGGUUGCUGUGCCUCUCCUGGAUGCUCUUCUGCAAUGGCUCCCGAGGGAGCAUUCGACUCUAUGACGGCUCCCAUGUGGGGAGUAGCAACAGCACCGGGAAGCACUUUGUACUGGUGCAUGGAGCGGCCCACGGAGCUUGGAUUUGGUUCAAGCUCCGGCCCAUGCUAGAGGCCGCCGGCCACAGGGUCACUGCCAUGGACAUGUCAGCGUCCGGCAUCGACAUCCAACCCAUCGAGGCUAUAUGCUCCACCGACCAGUACACCCAACCAUUGCUGAAUUUCCUUGAGGUCCUGCCCGACGGAGAGAAGGUUGUGCUCGUCGGAGACAGCAUGGGCGGCAUCAAUGCUGCCAUCGCCAUGGACGCGUACCCCAAUAAGAUUGCCGUCACCGUCUUCCUCAACGCCUUCAUGCCGGACACCACCCACCCGCCCUCUUAUGUCAUUGAAAAGUAUUUCGAGAUUUACGACGAUUGGAUAGACUCGGUCUCCUCCUGGUUUCUCUGUGGCGAGAAAAACAUAUCCACCACGAAGAUAGGCCCCAUGUACAUCGACACCAACCUCUAUCAACUUGGCUCUGACGAGGAUCGAGCAUUGGCGAAGAAGCUGUUGAGGCCGGCGUCGUUUUUCGAAGCGGACUUGAAGGUGCGAAAAUGGUUUACGAACGAGAGCUAUGGAUCGAUUCCGAGGACUUUUAUCUUCAGCAAGUAUGACAGAGCAAUUCCACCGAAGUUUUUUCUCUGGGAGAUUGAGAACUUUGGGGUUGAUAAGUACUAUGAAGUUGACGGCGACCAUUUGGUGGCGGUCACGAACCCGGCGGCGGCGCUCGGACCGCUGUUGGAGAUUGCGGAUGAAUACGCUUAAGUUUGAAUGUAAUUUAAGAGCUUAUGGACGGGCAUAUGUGAGUGGGAAGUAGUUGGAAUAAUGUUAUGUGGUCAUUUGGAGGAGAGAGUACCGUUGCUCCCUUUGUUUUAUGCCGUGUUUGAUUUGAAAUAAAUUGGUUUUGUGCCUGCCUAA